GCCACGCUUCAUUUUGUGUCAAAUUCCUUCCUAUUAUUAUUAUUAUUAUCAAUAGAAACAAAAUAAGUAUAAUUAAACAGAGUUAUUUUACCAACGCCAAAUUAUUGUGUUCCAGGGGAAUUUUUUAAGCUAAUCAGAGAAAUGCCUUUGAUCUCACCCAGAGAUGUUGAUACUUCAAGAAAUCAUAGCGUCUCCACCAAGGAAUUCUUCAGAGGAGGAGAAUUAUCCAAGAAGUCACCAAACUACUCGCCAACGUCGCUGUCGCCGUCGUCUCCUUAUUUCUUGAAGCACCAAGACCUGGAAGAAGACCAUGGCCUCUAUCAAAAGAAAUCAGUUCUCACCAAAGUGAAGGAGAAGGCAAGGAAGCUUAGAUAUAGCCUCAGCAAGAGAAGAAUAGAGGAUAAUAAUAAUAAUAACAUUAACAAUGUCACUCCUUCAUGGGGUGUCAGCUUAGAUGAUGUGGAAGAAUAUGCUGAUGCUGAAUACCUUGGAGCACCUAUGUAUGAAUCAGAGGUGGCACCUGAGAUAUACAAAGAGAAUGCAAGGCAGCAUCCAAGAGCAGAUCCAGUAAUAUCUGAGAAACAUGUUUUGCAUAACACUGCUUCCUUCAGCACAAUAAGGAAUGAAAAAAUAGCAGAGAAAGUUAUACCAGCUUAUUUCAACAUGGGGUCUCCUUCGUCGGCUUCAUUCACAUCGUCGUCGUCGUCUCCUCCUCCAGUGAAUAUUUCCACCACCAAAAGUGAUGCUUCAGUGAUAUAUGAAUCAACAAGUCCUAGGAAAGCUCCUUCUAAUAAUGCAGGUAUGAUGGAGAAGGUGAUAGGAGCUGUGAACUCUUUGCUUGGGAAUGAGGAACCGUCACAACAAUGUGCCACAAUCAAAACUACUCCCACACGUGAAGUUGGCCAGGAAGGAAACCAUGGAAAGAUUGUGCAAACAAAUUAGAAGUCCUCAGAAGAAGAUGUAGUUUCAACAUUUGUGUAUAUGCCAAUAUGGCUUUAUGUAAGAAUGUAUACAAUGUUUUUUGUUGGUAUUUUUUAAGGGUCUAAAAAUGAUUAGAUGGCAAAGAUUUUUUUUCCAAUGUAGUGUAGAAUUUAGUAUGUGGCUAUGUACAUCAUGCUUAUUCAAAGGAAUUCUUCAAAUUCAAUAUUUUUGUUUAAUUAGCUUCUAGAAGUUAAGUUAAAUUUAAUUAGCUUUUACCUUCGAUUAUAUCUGAAU